AUAUGAGAUUUAUUACUUUGCAUCAGUCACAAAAGUAAGGUCAACUUUUUUUUUUUUCUCAUCACAAAGCAGCUUUGAUGCAGAAAAUUUGGUCCAAUUAUAUUGCAAUGAUAUUUUCCACAGCUUGUAAUAAUUACACGUCAACAUCAUUCAUGUUCUACAGACCGAAAAAAUCUUAUAUAUGAUGCAUGAUCUGAUCAGUUCUUUCAAACUAAGAAGUUUUCAUUUGAGUUGCAUAAACAAUGAGGGAGCCUAAGCCCAGUUUUGUGUUUCCAUUUCCUUUCAUGUUGAUCAUUGCUCAUUGGUUUCUGUUGGUUAUUCAUGGCAGUGCUGCUGAGAGUUCCACAUAUAUAGUCCACAUGGACAAAUCCCUGUUUCCUCGAGUUUUCACCACCCAUCAUGAUUGGUUUGAAUCCAUCAUUGAUUCCUCUAAAUCUGCAACACUUGGUAACUCAUCCAUACAAUCACAGAAAGUGUACUCCUAUAGCCAAGCCAUGUAUGGCUUCAGUGCAGUUCUAACAUCACAAGAGUUAGAGGCUGUCAAAAGCUCCCUUGGCUUUGUUGCAGCAUAUCCAGACAGAACUGCCACCAUAGACACCACUCACACUUUUGAGUUUCUCUCCCUAGACUCUUCCAGUGGUCUGUGGCAUGCAUCAAAUUUUGGGGAGGAUGUCAUUGUGGGUGUUAUUGACUCUGGUGUGUGGCCUGACCUUCUCAAUAUGCUUCCCCUCUAGACAUGGGAGCAGGUCAAAUUGACCCUAACAAAGCACUUGAUCCAGGUUUGAUAUAUGAUGCCACCCCACAAGACUACGUUAAUCUCCUUUGUGCUUUGAAUUACACACAAAAACAGAUCUUGACCAUUACAAGAUCAGGUUCCUAUAAUUGUGCUAAACCAUCGUUUGAUCUUAACUACCCUUCAUUUAUAGCUCUCUACAGCAACAAAACAAGGUCGGUCGUCCACAAAUUUAAGAGGACAGUGACCAAUGUUGGAGGUGGUCCUGCCAUAUACAGAGCCAAGGUGACAGAACCGAAGGGUUCUGUGCUGACAGUGUCACCUGAGACAUUAUCAUUCAGAUACAAAAAUGAGAAGCUAAGCUACGAUGUGCUGAUAAAGUAUAGGAAGUACAAAAAGGAAAAUAUCUCGUAUGGGGAUCUUGUUUGGAUCGAAGAUGGUGGAGCACACAGUGUUAGGAGCCCCAUUGUAGUGGCACCAAGUGGAAUUGUAUGAGCUGUAGUUUGAUUUUUCCCUGUUCUGGGCAUGAAAUCCUGGUUCUUUCAUGGGACCCAAAAUAAUAAAUAGUUUGCUGAAUAAGUAAUUUCGUAUUAGUUCCAUUUCCAGUGUCCUAUCAGUCAUAGCUAUUUAGGUGGUUGGUGUAGUUUUGUGGAAGGGUGAAUCACAUGGAUUUUUGGAAGUGUUGAAUACGGUAACUAAAAAUUCAUGUUUUAGACCCAAUAGGUAUCUUCUGCAACACAUGGCCUCAAUCUUUACUUGAAUAAGUGAUGGAUCACAGAAAGAAGAAGAAGAAUGUAGCCAAUAAGAGCCACGUAGAUUAACUCAUUCUUGCACUGCAAAUUCCUUUUAACUAGGAAUGCUGCUUACAAGUUUUUGCAAAAACAAAUUUUGA